AGAAUGCUACCGAGUUGGAAGUUGUGUGGUGGCGUUUGAUGAGUGUCGAAUCUGUGCGAAUGUGAACGUUGUAAUUAUAAUGUAAACCUAUUAUUGUUAAACCGUAGGUAAGUCUGGUUAUACCGAUAAUGGAGAAUAAAAAAAUGGUUUGCCCUGGGAAUGGCAUUUAUGUGGUGCAAGGGGAGAUGACAAUACUCCUGACAGCUAUGCGAAGAGGGGCUAGGUGGUCGUCACAUUCAUACCAGGAUGAAGGACAUGAUAAACUUAUCAGAAGCUUCACUGAUGUAAAAGAAGUUCUUAAUCAGCUUGGUGACUUACGGGACUUGGAUCCUAACCAUUAUCUGGGCCCAUUUCUGGAGGUGAUUCGUUCUGAGGAGACAACUGGUCCAGUUACUAGCUUAGCACUUUCAUCGGUGAAUAAGUUUUUGUCUUAUGGCCUGAUAGACCCAGGAGGGAAAUCAGUUCCCACUACUGUGCAAAACAUCGCUGAUGCUGUUACACAUGCGAGAUUUAUGGGCACUGACCAAGAUAGUGAUGGAGUUGUGCUUCUUGUCAUACUGCAGGUACUACGAACACUGAUGUUUUCACCUGAGGGAAUCAUGCUUAGCAAUGACAGUGUAUGCGAAAUUUUAAUGAGCUGUUUUAGGAUAUGUUUUGAAUCAAGGCUGAGUGAAUUACUGCGAAAGUCUGCUGAACAUUGCUUGAAAGACAUGGUGCAGUUCCUGUUUUCCAGAUUACCUCUUUUCUCAGAGGAUCACCGGAUCCCCUCUAACGUGAAGAAACUCAAAGUGAGAGCUGGUGCUAUUGACUCAUCUCAUUCUAAGAGAAGAAGCAGAAAUUCUUUUCGAAUGAAAUCCAAUCGUACAUCGACAAAGAAUGAUGAAAGUUCUUCUCUAGCACCAAAGGAAACUACUACUGCACGUCAGGCAGAGCCAGUGGGACCAGUCAAAAGUGAAAACAUUCCAGCCAAUGCUGUCUUGGCCACAACACCAGUUUCAGAAACAGGUGGCAAUAUUGUUGACAUGCAGGGCUCUAUUCACCACGAUAGUCCACCUCUGGAAUAUGACAGUGGUGGCUCUGUCCAUCAUGGAAGUCCUCCACCAGAAUAUGACAGUGGUUUGGAAGACAUUGGGUCCGCUCACAUAGACAGCUCUCACAGUGAGAAAGUUACAUCAGAGCAGCUUGUGCAGUUAAGUCCAAGUGAUUCUGACUCCUGCGUGGUUAUCAAUGUUGAGACUGACAGUGUCAGCAACGAAAUUUGUGAAUGUAGCGAUAGUGUUGAAAGCCCAGUGCCUGAUGCACCUCCAACUGAGCCAGUGAACAGUGUGUCAGUCAACCAAGGAGAAAAUAAACAGGUGCUGACUGAUAGUGCAUUUACUGAAAACGAAUCUACAGUUUCUGAAGAUCAAGUUACGAAACAGGACACUAUAAGCUGUCAAGAUGUUUCUGUAGGUGCAAAUGUAAAGCCAGAUAAUGAGUCACACAUUGGUGUACCCUGUGUAAUUUCAGAUGAAGGUAGUGGAACAGUGAUGUCAGAGACUCAAGAUUAUGUAAACCCUCAGGGCGUCAGAUUUAUAAACCAAGAAGUUGGUGAAAAUGGUGAGCUGUCCUUAGUGCCAUAUGGUAUUGUAUGUAUUCAGGAACUGUUCAGGUUCCUGGUUUCUCUCUGUAACCCACUUGAUAAGCAGAAUGAUGAAAUGAUGAUCCAUAUGGGUCUGACAUUGCUAACAGUGGCUUUGGAAACUGGUGCUGACAGUAUUGGUAAAUACAACUCUCUGUUGGCACUCGUUAAGGAUGAAUUCUGCAGAAACCUUUUUUCUUUACUGAGCACUGAACGCCUCUCAAUAUUUGCUGCAGUACUGCAAGUGUCAUUCCUGCUGUUUGAAUCUCUGCGUACACAUCUGAAGUUCCAGUUGGAAUUGUACCUCAGUAGGCUUAUGGAUAUUAUUAUUGCAACUUCUCAAAAGAUUUCAUUUGAACAGAAAGAAAUGGCAUUAGAAAGUAUUGUCCAGCUGUGGAGGAUUCCAGGUCUUGUAACAGAGCUAUAUCUUAAUUAUGACUGUGAUUUAUAUUCACCGAAUCUUUUUGAAGAUCUUACAAAGCUCUUGUCAAAGAAUGCUUUUCCUGUGUCUGGGAUUUACAACACACACCUGCUUUCUUUGGAUGCACUUCUCACAAUAAUAGACUCGAUUGAAGCCCAUUGUUAUAGUCGUAUUCUUAAUGAAAAACAAGAUGGUAGACAGCAUUCAGAUGGUUUAUCUGACAUUGUCUCAGAUGUAGAGUCACUGGCUGCAGCGGAAAUAUUGAAAUAUGGCCAACAUACAUCAAGAUUUGGAAGACAGAAAAUAUCAGAAAAUAUACCAAGUCAUGAACAGUUGAUGGCUAUCAAACAUAAGAAAAAGUUGCUGGCUACAGGAACUGAACAUUUCAAUUCAAAACCGAAGAAAGGUAUCCAGUUUCUGCAAGACCACCAUCUUCUCUCAACACCACUUGAUCCUCAAGAAGUUGUCCAGUUCUUACGCGAGAAUCCUCGCCUGGAUAAAAAAAUGAUAGGCGAAUACAUAAGCAAUAGAAACAAUCUCCAGGUCUUGGACAGUUUCGUAAAAUCUUUCGACUUCUCUGAUAUGCGAAUUGAUGAAGCUUUGCGUAUGUACUUGGAAACUUUCAGGCUACCAGGAGAAUCCCCACUUAUAUCAUUAAUUAUGGAGCAUUUUGCAGAACAUUGGCAUAAAUGCAAUGGUGAACCAUUUGCAAAUGCAGAUGCUGCAUUCACGUUGGCAUAUGCAGUAAUAAUGUUGAAUGUUGAUCAGCACAAUUAUAAUGUGAAGCGUCAAAAUAACCCCAUGACAUGUGAAGAAUUUAAAAGGAAUCUGAAAAAAGUGAAUGGUGGGGAAGACUUUGAUCAAGAAAUGUUGGACGACAUAUAUAAAGCUAUCAGAUCUGAAGAAAUUGUUAUGCCAGCGGAGCAAACAGGAUUAGUAAGAGAGAAUUAUCUAUGGAAAGUUUUACUUCGAAGAGGUGCCAGCAAGGAUGGUAUUUUCAUUCAUUCUCCAAAUGGAUUGUUUGAUCAUGAUCUAUUCUCUCUCAUUUGGGGCCCAACUGUGGCAGCAUUAAGUUACAUCUUUGAUAAAAGCAAUGAUACAACCAUAUAUCAGAAAGCAGUAUCAGGAUUUCGGAAGUGUGCAAUGAUUUCUGCACAUUACGGGAUGAGUAAUGACUUUGAUAGCUUGAUAAUUUCGUUAUGCAAGUUCACAAUGUUAUUAAACAAUGCAGAAACACCAGAUAACCUGACAGUUUCAUUUGGAGCAAAUCCAAAAGCUCAACUGGCAGCAAAAACAGUCUUUAACUUAGCACACAGACAUGGUGAUAUACUUCGCGAAGGUUGGAAAAAUGUCCUUGAUUGCAUUCUGCAGUUGUACAGAUGCAAGCUUUUGCCUAAAGCCCUUGUGGAGGCAGAAGACUUUAUUGAUCCAAGUGGGAAAAUUUCCCUGAUGAGAGAGGAGACACCAUCUCAGAAGACAGAAACAGGACUCCUGAGCUCGCUCUAUUUGUAUAUUGCUCUUGGAACAGAACCAUCGAACCAAAAAUCACCAUCUCCUGAAGACCAAGAGCACAUACGCUCAGCACGCGCAUGCGUAAGAGAGUGUCAUGUAGAGCAGCUAAUAACUGAAUCAAAGUUCCUUCGUAUAGACUCUCUGCAGGAACUAGUCAAGGCUUUGAUAUAUGCCUCCCAUGGCCCAGAUGGUCAUGUUUCCUUGGGCCUUUCUUUUGAAGAAGAUGUUUCUGUAUUUUUCUUGGAACUUUUACUGAAGAUUGUAAUACAGAACAGGGAUCGUGUGAGUUCAAUAUGGCAGGUCGUAAGAGACCAUAUGUAUAGUCUAGUAAUGAGUGCCUCAGCUUGUGAUCAUUGUUUCUUGAUGGAGAGGUCUGUUGUUGGUUUGCUGCGAUUGGCCAUUCGACUUAUGCGAAGAGAAGACAUGAGCCCUAUGGUUCUUCACUCUUUAAGAAUGUUGCUCUUGCUGAAACCUUUACCACUUCUCCGUGUUUCUCGUCAGAUAGCUUAUGGAUUAUAUGAGCUUUUAAAGACAAGUGCUGCUAAUAUUCAUUCAGAAACUGACUGGACUAUUAUUUUUACCCUGCUUGAAUGUGUGGGUGCAGGAGCACAUCCACCAAGAGUGGUAGGUGACAACAAUGGCCUUCCGGAUGAACAAGGGUUGUGUUCUGCAACUGGCAAGUCCGAUGGUGAAUUAACACGUGAAGAAAACAGUGACUUGACAAAUGAUCGUGGGUGUACUUCAGAUUCGGAGCUGAGUCGCAUUUCAAAUAGGCAUGGAAGCCCUAUUGAACGUUCUACCAGUCCUGAGUUGUCAUCAAACAGUGGUGGUGGCAGCUGGAUUUGGGUGGGACCAGGAGCAGAAAUACAACCUCUUCCUAAGCGGAACUGGACAGCAAAUCAGUUCAGUAUAGUCCAUGAGAGGGAGCUUUUGGCACAUGAUCCAUAUGCUCAUGUGAAAUGUUGUGAGAGCCUCGCUUUCCUUGUAAGAGAUGUUGCUCAUAUUACGCCAUACAACUUUGAACACUGCGUUCAUUGCAUACGAACAUUUGUUGAAGCUAGCCUCAAUGGAAGUGAAAAACGCAUGAAAAAGAAGACAGCUAAUUCUGCAAAGGAAAAACCAAGAAAGAAAGCAUCUAAUCGCCGUAAAGAAGAAAAAAUCAGAGCUCAAUCUCCGCAGCGAUCUUCUAGUCCAUAUGAUGCAGAUGAGAGUGAUUCUGAGGAACUCCCUAGUGGCUAUCAACAAGUGUCAAUCCAGCUGUUGGAUUUGAUGCACACACUCCAUACUCGAACUGCCCACAUAUUCCAGUGGUGGGCAGAGGAAAAUGGUGACACUGAUAUUACUUCAUUAUGGGGACAGGCCUGGUGUCCACUGCUUCAGGGAAUAGCCAGGUUGUGCUGCGACUCUCGCCGACAGGUCCGAAUGAGUGCCAUCACGUAUUUGCAGAGAGCAUUACUUGUUCAUGAUCUCCAAACACUGACAGCUCAGGAAUGGGAAGGUUGCUUCAAUAAAGUUUUAUUUCCAUUACUGACUAAACUUCUGGAACCUAUCAGCCCUGAUGAUCCAGGAGGCUUAGAAGAAACACGGAUGCGUGCAGCAACAGUUCUUUCAAAGGUUUUCUUACAUCACUUAACACCACUACAGUCGUUACCGACAUUUAGUGCACUUUGGCUCACUAUUCUGGACUACAUGCGUCAGUAUAUGAAUGCAGAUAAAAGUGAUUUACUGUAUGAAGCCAUUCCUGAAUCUCUGAAGAAUAUGUUGCUAGUCAUGGAUUCUGCUGGAGUAUUUUCUGCUUCUGAUGGAUACUCACAGUUAUGGAAUUUGACAUGGGACCAUAUAAAUAAGUUCUUACCUACACUGAAAGAAGAACUCUUUAAAUCGCAUCCGUCAGUAGAAGCCCAAAACAUUACAGAAAGUAUAGUGACAGAAGAAGGCAAUGAUGCAAAGCUAUCGCAUAUACCAGACCCACAGGCUGAUGCUGCAGUAACAGUGACUGGUUAUGAAACCAUUGCAGCUAGAGAACCAGUUAGUGUUAGACCUUCAAGUAUUAUAUUGCAGCCUGCAUCCUCUCUUCCGCAUAAUAUUUCAGCACCCAUUUUUACACACAUGGGACAACAGAUGAUAUCUACAGCAAUUGGCCCUCCUGUGAGCUGUCAGGUUGGCCAUUCAAGUGAAGCAAGCUUUAUCCAUCAACAGCAAGCUCCUCCUCCAGCUAACAAUUUUCCUACUGCCCCUUCUUCUGUUAGCCUCUCCACUCCUUUAUACAUAUCACCACCUCAAACCGUUUCACCUGUCCCUUUAUAUCCAACCUCCAGACCACAACAAGCUGAUGCACAUAUAGGUGCUGUCACGACCAUUCCUUCACACUACUUCGGCCAGGACACUCAUCAAAGAUCUCACGACUUUUUCCUCUCAGGCCCUGAGGUUCAGCAGCAGCACCAGCACCACCAAAUGGGCUUAAACACAACAAGAAACACAUUUUUGUUGAAUACAGGUGUCAUGGAAGGCCUCCCAAUAUUAUCGCCACCGACUGGGUCUAAGGUUCCACAUCCCGAAUAAUGGACUUGUAUAUUCACUACUUUGUAUCUUGGAGCAAGUGUUUAUGGAGAUUCCAUUGAGGCCAGGCCGCAAGAAUAAUUGAAUGUACACAGAUAAACAGCAUAGCAAAGGUGACAAUGCAAAUAGUCCACAUCAUUGUCUUAUUAAUUUUUAUCACAGUACAAAUCCUAAACAGUUGUUUUUCAGUAAAUAAUGUGACUCCUACUCUGCAGAAAGUGUUCUUAUUGUUGAAUCAGUGUUUUUUAUCCUUCAACGCUAUUUUCAGAAAGAUUUUUCUAUGUUAUUGUUGCAAUGUGUAUAUAAUGUAGACUUAUAAAAUUCUGUUGUAAAUGGCAUGAAUAAAAUAUUUAUCCUCAGUAGUAAAUUCUAUGUGCAAUAUUUUUUGUGGCAUUCUUGUAAGGUGAAUAUCAAAAAUCCAUUGAAUAAAACAAUGGAAAGUCCGGGAUGGAAUAUAACAAUAUUAUGAAAAGGAAAGUUGCCACCCACCAUAUAGCGGAGAUACUGAUUUGCAGAUAGGCACAACAAAGACCUUGUUGGCCGAAAGCUUGUUUGUGACACUUUCUUUGUUGUUCCUAUCUGUGGCUCAAAUAUCCAUUGUUUACUUCUAUCACCAAAGAACUCUUAUAUACUUACAAGAAUCAAAUGAAACUUUCAAAUAAGAGUAAAUCAAAUGUUGACAAUAUGAGCAUCAUUUUCUUGAUAUAAUUUUUAAUAAUGAGUAAUUUUAAAUUUCCAACAAUGUAGAAACACACCAAAAAAGAAUUAAAAUAAGUUUAAAAAUGUUC